AUGGGAAAGUCUUUUUCUCAUUUGCCUUUGCAUUCAACUAAAGAUGAUGCUUAUGGUGGAGUCGCAUCAACUGAAAGCAUGAGAAAUGGACUGGUUAGUAAUGAAGUCCAUAAUGAAGAUGGAAGAAAUGGCGAUGUCUCUCAGUUUCCAUAUGUGGAGUUUACGGGAAGAGACAGUGUCACCUGCCCCACUUGUCAAGGAACAGGAAGAAUUCCUAGGGGGCAAGAAAACCAGCUGGUGGCAUUGAUCCCAUAUAGUGAUCAGAGAUUAAGGCCAAGAAGAACAAAACUGUAUGUGAUGGCUUCUGUGUUUGUCUGUCUGCUGAUUUCUGGAUUGGCUGUGUUUUUCCUUUUCCCUCGCUCUAUCGACGUGAAAUACAUUGGUGUCAAAUCAGCGUACGUCGGUUAUGAUGAUGCAAAGCGCACAAUAUAUUUAAAUAUCACAAACACGCUAAAUAUAACAAACAAUAACUAUUAUGCUGUUGAAGUUGAAAACAUUACUGCACAAGUUCAGUUUUCAAAAACAGUUAUUGGAAAGUCACGCUUAAACAACAUAACAAACAUUGGUCCAUUGGAUAUGAGACAGAUUGAUUAUACAGUACCUACUAUCAUAGCAGAGGAAAUGAGUUAUAUGUAUGACUUCUGUACACUGCCAUCCAUCAAAGUGCAUAACAUCGUUCUCAUGAUGCAAGUCACUGUGACAACAACAUACUUUGGACAUUCUGAACAGAUAUCCCAGGAGAGGUACCAGUACGUUGACUGUGGAAGGAACACGACUUAUCACCUGGGCCAGUCUGAGUACCUGAAUGUUCUUCAGCCACAACACUGA